GUUUGCCAUCUGACGCCAUGAAUGACAAUGUAUGCUUGUGUUAUUGAAUGAUUUUAAUUAUAACUUAGUGUCAUUUUAUGAGUUUUAUUGUGAAUGAAUAGGGUUUACAGAAUAAAAUAACUUAAUAUGGCUACUUCAAAAACAACAAACACAUAUAAUAGACAAAAUUGGGAAGAUGCUGAAUUCCCAAUAUUAUGUCAAACUUGUUUAGGUGACAAUCCGUAUAUUCGAAUGACAAAAGAAAAAUAUGGGAAAGAGUGCAAAAUAUGCAUGCGCCCAUUUACAGUAUUUAGGUGGUGUCCUGGUGCAAGAAUGCGAUUCAAGAAAACAGAAGUUUGUCAAACUUGUAGUCGGUUAAAAAAUGUAUGUCAAACAUGUUUACUUGAUUUAGAAUACGGAUUACCUAUUCAAGUACGCGAUGCAGCACUGAAAAUUAAGGAUGAUUUACCUAGAUCAGAUGUAAAUAAGGAAUACUAUGUGCAAAACAUAGAUAGCGAAAUUGGCAAAAUAGAUCCUACAUCACCAGCAGGGGCUGUUGGUAAAUCUGCUGCAGCCAGUGAUUUAUUGAUGAAGUUAGCAAGAACAAGUCCAUAUUACAAACGAAAUAGACCCCACAUUUGUUCCUUCUGGGUUAAAGGAGAAUGUAAAAGAGGAGAAGAGUGCCCAUAUCGUCAUGAGAAACCUACUGAUCCUGAUGAUCCAUUAGCUGAUCAAAACAUUAAAGAUCGUUACUAUGGAGUAAAUGAUCCUGUUGCUGAUAAACUAAUGCGUAGAGCUGCAGCAAUGCCUAAAUUAGAUCCACCAGAAGACAAAUCCAUUACCACUUUAUACAUUGGCAAUUUGGGAGAUGUUUUAACGGAAAAGCAAUUACGUGAUCACUUCUAUCAGUAUGGAGAAAUUCGUUCAAUAACUAUGGUUCCUCGCCAACAGUGUGCCUUUAUUCAGUACACACAAAGAAGUGCUGCAGAAGCAGCAGCAGAGAGAACAUUUAACAAGCUGAUAUUAGGAGGAAGAAGGCUAACUAUUAAAUGGGGUCGUUCACAAGGAAGACAAACCGUUUCUGCAGCAGAAGCAACUAGAGAAAUUUUAGAACCUGUACCAGGUUUACCUGGUGCUUUACCGCCACCGCCAGAAAGUAUGGGAAAUAAUUUUUUCAAUCUACAAACUACUCCUGGCAUGAUGCCACCAAUGAUGAUUCCACCUCCCCCAGUUGCCCCUCAGUUUAUGUUCCCACCUCAAAUGGCAGCUGCUGCUGCUGCAACACCAAUUUUCCCUCCAGGAACUACUCCAAUACAUUAUCCAAGUCAAGAUCCAUCAAGAAUGGGAGCAUCUCAAGGCAUAGGAAAGCCUUGGCCCGAAGAAUAAUAGUGAAAAUAUUGAAAUUUUUAAACAUAAUUAUGACAAAAAACAUCUGUAAAAAUAAAUAUAUAUCUUUGACUUUCUUUAAAGUAGG